CCUCGCUUGCUGCAGAAACCUGCCCUUUAAGAGCGCUUUCCCUUUCCUCGCUGCCGCCGGUGGCCGAAGACGCUUUCCUUGUCCCUGCUGGCCACCAGAGGAGCCUCGGCCUCGCCAUGGUGUCCUGGAUCAUCUCUCGGCUGGUGGUCUUGGUCUUUGGCACUUUGUACCCUGCCUAUUCUUCCUACAAGGCCGUGAAGACGAAAAAUGUAAAGGAAUAUGUUAAAUGGAUGAUGUAUUGGAUUGUGUUUGCCUUCUUCACUACAGCAGAGACGCUCACAGAUAUUAUUCUCUCUUGGUUUCCUUUUUAUUUCGAGUUGAAAAUCGCAUUUGUGAUCUGGCUACUCUCUCCUUACACCAAGGGCUCCAGCGUUCUCUACAGGAAGUUUGUUCACCCAACGCUCUCCAAUAAGGAGAAGGAAAUUGAUGAGUACAUCAGCCAGGCUCGUGACAAGAGUUAUGAAACUAUGAUGAGAGUUGGCAAGCGAGGAUUAAAUUUGGCAGCCAAUGCAGCAGUUACUGCAGCUGCAAAGGGUCAAGGAGUUUUGUCUGAGAAGCUACGGAGUUUCAGCAUGCAAGACCUGACUUUGAUUCGGGAUGAUGACACUGUGCAUUUACGGAGCCCUGAACCACGCUUGCAUACCUCCACUACUGGCCUUCUUGAAACAGUUGAUGAUUCAGGUGCUUCCUGUUAUUCCUCAGCAGAUGAGGCAUCUGUGUCUCAAAGACAUAAUGGGACCCAGUCUGAUGUCAGAACCGACCCAUCAGAUGAUGAUGCAGUUCCCAAGCGGACCCAGAGCCUUAAAGUUCCUAAAAAAGUUACAAAAGCUGAGGUGAGCUCCAGUUGUUUACACAGGCUGCAGCUGGAUCAUAUGGCGAGCUAUGCCUUUAUUCCUUGGCCCAGCCUACCACCUUUUCUGAUAGUCCUUCCCUUCCCUUGUAGCAUGCCUUUGCCUGCAAACCAGCCUGCUAAUCAUAUUUUGUCUUUUGCUGCACUCGAAGUAUUGUUUAAAGAACUUCAUCCACUCUUUCAAUAAUUUACCUGCCUGUGUUAUUACCAUUGUUAGUGGAAUUGUUCUAUUGUCUAAGAACUGGGGUGGGAGUUGAACUAGAUAUAGCCAUGGCAGCCAUGUUUAUUGUUCAUGUGGCUGUUCCAUUCACAUAUAAGGUGAUGUGUGUAAUUUUAGCCUCGAAAUAGAUGCACUGCAUCCUGCUUUAAGAUCCUCUGCCUGGUUUUCCAGUGCAAAGUCUCCUGACUCAGUAGAAAGUCACAAGGUUUCACACAAUUGUCACUGACAAGUUUUGUGGCAGAUCUCUUGCUGACUGUUUUAUUAUCCUUGUGCUAUCUGAGCCUUUUUGUUCCUGUCUUCAUAUUAAUUUGUGUCAUUCUCCAAGGCACCUUGCUGAUUUUAUUUAAUAUUAGAAAUUAAAAGUCUAGCUAAUUCAUGACUCCAAA